AUGUCAGACAACGCUCAAACAACUUUAUCAUCUGAUGAUCCAACAGAAAAAGAAACUAAAUCAGAUAUUUCAUCUUGUUCAUUUAGUGAUGUAAAUACAUCGACAUCAGUUCGCUUAUUUGGUCAAUUUAAACAAAAUGGUUCAGGUUUUAAUAAUUUAUCAAUAUCAACAUUUGGUCAAACAACAUCACGAGAAAAAUCUGAUGAUAAUAAUUCUUCAUCAACAUAUUUUACGAAUACACUUUCAAAAAUUUCAUCGACAACAACCAGUGGUUUCGGUUCUCCAUCAACAUCAUUAGCUACAUCACUUGCAUCACUUGGUGCCAAUAAACCAUUAUUUGGUGGUUCAAGUGGUACAACACCAAGUUCAUUUACAGAUCUGAAAACAACAUCAACAAAUUCAUUACAAAAUAAAACAAAUGAUGAUGAAGAGAACGAUGAAGAAGAAGACAAUAAAACGUCUUUAUUAGAAACAGUUGCUGAAUUUGAAGCUAAACGAGCAUCAACACAUGCAACUACGACUAUUCAAGGUGAUACAUCAACUGGAGAAGAAAAUGAAAUAACGAAAUUCCAAAUGGCUGGUAAAUUAUUUAUGUAUAGCGGUGAACAACAACAAUUUGUCGAACGUGGUUAUGGAAUAUUAAAAAUAAAUGAAAGUCAUGAUCCAUCAGAUUGGGAUCGAUUACAAGCUCGAUUAAUUAUGAGACUUGAUAAAUCAUUUCGCGUUAUUCUUAAUUCGCCUAUUUUUCCAAAAAUGACUGUUGAACGAGCCACUGAUCGUUCAGUACGAUUUGGUGCUCAAGAUGAAUCACAGUUACGAGUAUUUAUUAUUAAAGCCUCAGCAAAUGAUUGUAAUAAUCUAUGUAAAGAAUUAAAAUCACGUAUUCAAAUUGUUGAACGACAACAAGUAUCAACAUCGAAUAUCAAUACACCAACAAGUAGUAAUAAUACAAGUGUAUCAUCUGAUGUCGUUGCACUCGAUGAUUCAUCUCCUAAAGAAAAUUCACCAACUGGUCAACGAAAACGUUCUUAUUCAAAAAGUGAUUCAGAUGCAUCGGAUAAUACAAAUGAUCUUUCCAAAAAAUCAAAGAUGAUUGAAGAAAAUCAAGAAGUCGUCAAUAAAGAUCCCAAUCAAUCGAUAAAUGAAGAUGAUUCUGUUGAAGAACGUAACAAAUCAAAUGAACAAGAAACAGCUGAUAAUUAA